UCAGCAGGGUAGUGCUGAAAGCCACGUUUUUUAAGAUCCGUGACGGUGGCCUUUCUCUGUUAUUGGCUAAGUGACGCGGGCUGUGCCCCGGCUCCCCACCCCUCCAAUGUGGCACCUCGGGCAGACAGAUGUACCAUUUCCCACUUGUGCCGGCUUUGAGCCAUGCCAACAGCGCAGCGGCCCCGGGAUCCCCUCGUUCCGUUCCGUCAGAGCCGGGAGGGAACGAGGUCGCUGCUCCGCACGCUCGGCGCGGCCACCAGGAGGUCACAAUACAUCCGAGAAGCAAAAUGAGCGCAUUUCCUUUCGGUCCCCGGUGCCCUCAGCACAAAACCAUCUGGGAAGCUGAUGGGGGAGCCGGCGGGGAGCUUAGGGAGCAAACUGCGGCUUGCGGGAGGACGGCGCGGCUCCUAGGGCUGGCGGGGCUGCCCUGAACGAGGGGAGGAGGAAAAAAAAAAAAAAAAAAAAAGACAGAAAGAGAAAGAAAACCGGACAGGCUGGGCGGGUCCCCUUGCACCGCAGCGCACCUCAGCGAGCAGAGAGCGGCCGCGGGACACGGCGGGGGCUGCCCAGCACGGCCCGGCGCGUUGCGACUUCCUGGCUGUGCUUCAGCUGUGACUGACUGAACAGAGUCUUCUCUGCAUUGUGGUGAUCAUAGUAAUGUGAAGUUUAAUGAGCACCUUCAAAAUCCUGUAGCAGUGAAGGAACUGCCAUGCCUGUGGGAAUCUUCCGAGUGUGCCUAGUGGUGAUUACGGCUAUUGUCAACCACCCACUCCUCUUCCCUAAAGAGAAUGGCACUGUCCCCGAGAACACAGAAGAAAUCAUCCAGAAGAUGAAGGAGCGGGAGGAGAUCCUUCGGCUGGAGAAGUUGCGCUUGGAGCAGGAAAUCGCAGGCCAGGAAGCUGCACAGAAGGCUCUGGAAAAGGCAGCAAAAGUAGUGGAGGAUGUCAAAGAGGAAAAAGUCCAAUGGGAUAUGUGGACUGCUCUUUCCAUGGUCAUCUUCCUAUUGAUCGAGCUCUGGAGGCAGGAUUUCCAGGAGGGGAAUUGGCAGGACACAGGAGCAGACGAGGAUGACAUGGCUGUCCUGGGGAAAGCAUUUAAAGGGGUGGCCUUCCCUGACAAGGCCAUCUUGGCCAGCUUCUACGAGAAGCGCAUCCUGGGUACCACUGGAGACAUGGCCAGGAUGCGGGAGAUGGUGGAAGGCUUUGCAGAUGACCUGCUGGAGGCCUUGAGGAGUGUUUGUAACCGGGAUGCUGACAUGGAAGUGGAGGACUGCAUGGGUGUGGGGAGCAUGUAUGAGAAUUGGAGAGUGCGUAAACCUUUUGUCUGUGAUCUGAUAGUGCCUUUUGCACCCCCAGAGCCAUAUUGUUUCCGAUCCCAGAUAUGGUGCUCUGGCGACUCUUUUCCACCAGAUGAACAAGGUUACGGCACUAUCAAGGUAUGCAGGGCAGAUGAGGAUGAGACAGGUUGCAUCUGUGACAAAACGAAACUAGGAGAAGAUAUGCUGUGCCUCCUCCAUAGCCAAGGCAAUACUACCAGACUCAGCAGUGAAAUGGAAGACCUCCUGUGCUUCAAAAAUACUCAGUAUCUCGAUGCUGACCAAGUCAUGAAGUGGUUCCAGAUUGCAGUCACCAAGGCUUGGAACAAAAUUUCCCACAAGUAUGAAUUUGACCUGUCUUUUAGCCUCUUGGACUCCCCAGGAGCCCUGAAGAUAAAAUUUAGAUCAGGGAAAUCAAUCGCGUUCAACCUCACCCCUGUGGUGCAAUAUGAGAACUCUGACGUUUACUUCAUCUCUCAUUUCCCUCGGAACUGCCUGGCAGCAGACCUCCCCUCCAGCACUCACUGGUUUCUCACCUUUGCAGUGUAUGAGAGGAGGUUCAUCCAGAUGAUCUCCAAAAUGCUGCCUGCCAAUGCCUGCCACGUCAGCUGCCUUCAGAUCCUCUCCUUCCUCCAUGGGAAGCAGUGCAGCCUCACAGGUCCAAGUGGGCUCACCAACUACCACCUGAAGACAGUGUUGCUGCAUCUGCUGCAGACGCGUCCAAGUCAGGACUGGGCCCCAGAGAAGUUGGAGGCCCGUCUACAGGACAUGCUGAAAUUCCUGGAGAAGUGUUUGCAUGAGAAGAAGCUCUACCACUUCUUCAUUGGCAAUGGGAAGGUACCAGCAGAGCUGGGCUUCCCCAUCAUAUUCCAGAGGGCUGAGCCUCUCAACCUUUUCCGUCCGUUUGUUCUACACAGGGAUGUUUACAGAAAGACAAUUGACACAUUCCAUGAGAUGCUCAGGAACACAUCUGCACUGAUAAAUGAGUACAUGGUGCACAUUCCCCAUGUACACACCAAUGGGAUCCAAAAGGAAUCUGUUUAACCAAAGCCAGCAGGAAAACACUUGUUCCUCUAAGCACAAACUCAGAGUGCAGCUUUCCGAAGCCUUACGGAGAUAACUGACUUUGCCAGUGCAGCUUGUUGUCUGCAGCUGAACCGUGUCUGUGUCAUGGUUUCUGCAGUAAGGAAGAAGGGAUGGGGAGAAAAUAGGGAGAAACUGGAAGAGAUGGUAUAAAAGUAAGUUUCUGCUCCACAGUUGGGCUGGCAGAGUUUUACGCAGCUAAGAAUAUAUUUUUCUAUUGUGCCUCAAUCAUGCUACAGUGGUGAUGAGCAAUGAACGUGACUAAUUUAUUCAGGUGCCUUCAAAGUGGUGGUGGUCUGCUUGCAGACAGGACAGCAGAAGCUCUGAGACCCAUGGGAGGUGCAACAUGAGCCCUCAACUGGGAAGGAGAGUCACUACUGAGGUCAUGCACAAUUCUAGACUGGAUGGAGAUCUUUAAAUCCAGCACAGCUCUUUAACUGAAAGAGAACUGUGGGUUUAAAGAGUACAUUUUGAUAGGACUUGCAGCACUAAUUUAAACAGUCCUGUCCAUCAAAAACACUCCUGUUCUCCGAACAUUUUUUUUCCCUGGGAAGAAUGUAACAGAGCAGUCAGCAGGAUCAGUGUCUUGAGACCAUUUCAUAUGCGUUUUCCAUUUUCUUCAUAGUAACACAACAAGAGGAUUUUAUUCUUGGCCAUUUUCCAUGGAUGAAUGGUCAGGAACCUUUUUUACGUAAUAUAAGAGAGAAACGCGGUUAUUGGGUUCUGGCUUUUUGGUUUAUUUGUUUGCUUUCCUUAUCUCCAGGCAGCAAGUCUGAGAACCAGCAAAGAGAAAUGAUUGCUGCAGGGUUUGCUUUUAUUAAAGAGGAAACUCCUCUAAAUUAUUCUGUAAUAAGCCCAAUCUCAGGAGUCUGAUACCAGGAGAAAACUGUCAGCCUCUAAAUGAGAGAGUGUAGCUCUCCCAGCAUGGUUUUAGUGAGGCCAAGGCAGCAAGAUGGCUCUGAGUUAGGAGGAGGGUCACAGGAGGUGCACAUGCAGCAAAGCAUGGCAGUGCUGUCUCUGCAGCUCUUAUGGUGUGUCAUCCCUUCUGCUGCUGGUACCCGAGUAAAAGCUACCAGUUUGACUCAUUAUCAGGUCUCCUCAAUCCUUCUUAAGGCUGCUGCUUUGAUGACGUUUACUCUUGGGAAUCACAGCUAGCUAGCUAUCGAUUUUUGUAUCUUCUCCUCCUUUUUCCUUGUACAAACUAUUUCACCACAUCCUUCAAGUCUGCUUAUGUCUGUCCCCCCACCACUGAGGGACAUUUUCUACACCAAGGCAAAGAAAGCUGCAACUUCCAUUUCCACAGCUGGUUCAUAAGAAAGCACUGGUGCGGACAGGGAUUUCUUGGCUCAAAUUGCUGUUUUCCUUGGUUUUUAUCAUCACAGCUAUGGGAUGCUCAAGUAAUAUUUGAGUAGAGAAUGGAGUAGGAAGCAAAAGGGGAGAGAAGAUGCUGGUUGCUACUGCCAGUAGGAAAGUCUCAGAUUGUCAGUGCCUGGGAGACUGCCAGAGCUGGCAGAGCAACAGGACAGGACUAAUUGCUAACGCUGAGUGCUGUAAGCCACUGGCUUUCAUCAACUAAGUAAGCCUUCACUAGUGGGAAAGAAAGCAGGACCAAUUGCAGGGGACGUGGCAAACAGGUAGUGACAGGCAGAGGUGUGUGGCCAGGGGAGUGGGUGGGGGGGGUGAACACUGGAGCCUUGAGGCUCCUUUAGAAGCCACAGAAGUUGUUUGCAAACCCAAGCAAUUUGCUGCUGCUGCCUGCUAGGCUAACCAAGCAGUGCCAGUUACAGAUCCAGCUGUGUAUGGGCUGCCUGCAGGGAGGUCGUGCUCAAGUAGUUGUGGUCUGAGUUGCUUCUAAAAUUGUUCCUAGCCGAGUGAGAGAGAAAUGAAUAUUUCUAUGUCAUUUCCUGUCAGGCAUCUAAAUUUAGCCUAUCCAAAGAACAGAAACAAAUUUGUGACCCAGGUCUCUGAGGAAAUGACAUGCAGGGUUGAAAAAUAACUUUUAUAUAAGGUUGAGCAGGGGAAGGUUGAGUAGAAAAGGCCAUUUAACAGGAUAAUCAAACUUCUGUCUUAAAAUGGAGGAACAAAGCUGUGUAACACCAGCCCUACAGGCAUGUAAACGGGCCUGAACUUGCCUUUCCACACCUCAGAGCACUGCUGCUUAGACUCAGAGGGAACCUAAACUGAUAAGUGCACUGAAUCUUUUGUUCUUCAUUUUCUGCAUGUGUGUGCGUGUUUGCCUUUAAACGCAAACUCACCCUGAAGUGUUCCUAUGGGGUUUGCUUGAACCCAGGCUGGAGCUGAACCAAGGUAUUUAUGGAUUUGACUCCCCUGGAAGCAAAUUGCCGGGCACAAUUUGCCUAUGCGUAUGCAAUAUGCACGUUUUCCCUGAGCAUCUUUUACAAGAUUUGGUCUGUGCAUCCUACAAGGAAACCCACUCAUACCUACCCAGCUUAUUAAUAACACAGCUUAUUAAUAAGCUGUGCUACAGUAAGCCUCAGGGCAGAGGUCUUUGCCAGCCGUAUAUCAAUAUAUAUACUAGAGUUAGAUACUUGUUCUACCUGGGGUGAUGUGGGCAAACAAUAUUUCUCUUGAGUAGACCUUUGCUGUGCCAUGUUGUGAAGAACAUAAUUUCCUGGACUGCCUCAUUUCUCCUGUGUUAAAUCUUUUGCACACCAGGUACAAGGCCUUUCAGUAUAAGGCCAAACUCAGAUUUCAUUAAAGAGGUUUAUAAGACAGUUCAGCUCCACCAGCUGCCAGCCAGUACAAGUGUCCUAAGAUCUUUUAGUGCUACUCACAUUUAGUUCUGCCUUGACUGACAUCUUGCUGUGCAUCCAUAGGAAGCAGCUUUUAAGGGAGAGGGGGAGGGGAGGUUUUGUGAUUUAAAGUAACUUUCUUUUAAAAUGAAACAGUGUACAACACAAGUAAUGAAUGCACAUAACUGGUAAUACCCUGAUCUCCAUGAGAGAUCCUAAGGAAGAGUAUACUGCCUGUCCCAGACCUCUUUCUUGUGUCUCAGUGCUGUUCUUGCUAUUUGCUAACCAGACAAAUUAUGCAAC